AUUAAAUGAAAGUUUUAGUUUACAUAUUCCGUUGAGCAUCUCUCCGUCUCAUCAACCGCGUAGUUGUAUAACGAAGAAUAAAAACUUGAGUAGAAAAAAAAAUCGAUAAAAUCUCAGUCAAAGAUCAAUCGGAUCAAGUUUACAUAUAAAAAAAACACACGAAAGGAUUUACCCACAAAAGAAAAAAGUCAUGACGUGAAUAGGAAAUUCUUCAUUAAAGUUUAAAUUUAUAUACUUUUUUUUCCUCUCAUGUCCUCUCUGUCUCUGAAAAUGUCCCUCCUGCAGAAUCCCCAUUUCUACAUCGUUCUAGUUUUAUUUGCACUAAAAUCCAUCAGUGGGAGUGACCUUAAUGAAACCAAUUCUAAUCAAAGGGAUUCACGUCAAUUGUUCACUUUAUUGAAAAAUAUUCUAAAAGUACAACAACCAGCAGCAGCAGCAACAGGAGGACAGGAGGAAACCCCGUAUUAUGCGACAAGUCAAUAUCCCGGAGGUGGAGGAAUAGAGCAAAAGAUUCACUCUGCAAAUAUCAAUCCUGAAUUUCAGCAUCAAUAUCCAAUGCUCAACUAUCAAACGCAACAACACAGCUCGGUCCCACUCUACAACAAUCUACAACAAAGGGAAGAACUGCUCCCUACGACAAAUAAUGGACAAUCUAGUACCAAUUUAUUAAAUUCACCAAUCAAUAGUGGUGGUGGUGGUGUUGGUGGCUUGCUCUCAAUGAUAUCAAAACUGGGUGCACCAGAAGAUGUAGAUUUAUCAAGUAUAAUUAAUUUCGGAUCCAUUGAAGGAAUGAUUGGCAGAGUUAAUCGAUUCGAUAAAUUACAAUGCAUUCCUAGAAUGAUUUGUCAAAUGGUGGCCAAGAGGAUUGAAGAUGGUCUGACUACUACCACUACGACGACGACCACGACGGAAAAAAGCGUAAAACAGAAGAAACAAAGGGGCGGCAGAUUUAUUAAAAUUGAUGGGAUGGAUGGCGCUUUGGAUCAGUUUGUCAAAUUCCUUGACGUGAUGCAGCUCCGAGACUGGUCCCUCUAUCCAUACGUGAAAGGAAUGAAGGAAGGCCAUCAAGUGAGACGAGCAUCCGAAUGUGCAGAGAAAUUCAGAUCGUGUCCAUUUUCAGAGGAUCAAUUAGUCUACUAUUUCAAUAAUUAUAAUGGAGGAUUCUUUCAAAGUUUUAGAAAUGGGAAAGAGUUUUCCGAAUUUUAAGUUACAAUUUCCACGUGGAAUUAGUCGUUAUUUAAUUAAAUAAAAGAAAAUAUGAAUUUCCACACGAGGGUAAAGGCAAAAAA